AUGUUGUAAUUUCUGCAUUACCUCAACCGGCUAGAAGCUGGAUUGAAGCUACAUUUCAAAAACGAGAAUGUAUUAAGUUUAUUCCUAGUCCAAAAGAUGAGCACCGAUGUUGCUGUGGUUUAUCAUUUACAUAUCAUGCUGGCUUACGAACGGAUAUCGGUGAAAAAGGAGAAAUAUGGAGUCCAGCCAAAUAUACUAUGCCAUCACCCACCGACGCGUAUGGAACAAUUGAAUUUCAAGGGGGUCCACAUCCAACAAAAGCACAGUAUGUUCGAUUGGCUUAUGAUACACGACCGGAUCUCAUAGUACAAUUAUUUACAAGAGAAUGGAAUUUAGAGUUACCAAAACUAUUAAUUACUGUUCAAGGUGGCAAAGCAAAUUUUGAAUUACAACCAAAAUUAAAAAAAGUACUUAGGAAAGGGUUACUUAAGGCUGCAAAAACAACAGGUGCAUGGAUAUUCACAGGUGGAACAAAUACAGGUGUAACGAGACAGGUUGGAGACGCAUUACUUUUGGAACGUUCGCAGCGAAGCGGGCGUGUUAUAAGCAUAGGUAUUGCGCCAUGGGGAAUUGUAGAAAAUAAUCAUGAACUUGUUGGACAUAAUCGUGACGUACCAUAUCACUCAAUAUCAUCACCUAGAUCAAAAUAUGCAGUAUUAAAUAAUAGGCAUGCUUAUUUCUUGUUAGUGGAUAAUGGCACUGGAGGACGCUAUGGUGCCGAAAUUAUUUUACGUCGAAAGUUAGAAAAAUAUAUAUCAAAUCAGAAAUUACAUCCAUAUACUCAUAGUAGUACCCCAGUGGUAUGUUUAGUCAUCGAAGGGGGUACAAAUACAAUUAGAGCUGUGCUAGAAUAUGUAACGGAUACACCUCCUGUGCCAGUUGUUGUGUGUGAUGGCUCAGGACGGGCUGCGGAUUUAAUCGCUUUUACACACAAAUACGCUUCCGAAACUGGGGAACAAAAUGUAUUAGAAUCAAUGAAAGACUAUUUAAUAAAUACAAUACAAAGGACAUUUGAAGUUGGUUUAGAGCAAGCUGAAUGUUUAUAUAGUGAAUUAUUACAAUGUACGAGAAAUAAAAAAUUGAUAACAAUCUUCAGGAUAUCAGAACGUUCCGAAGAUACAUGUCAAGAACUGGAUCAAACGAUAUUAACAGCAUUAUUUAAAUCACAACAUCUAUCACCAUCAGAACAAUUAAGUUUAGCAUUAACAUGGAAUCGUGUUGAUAUUGCACGCUCUGAAAUAUUUAUAUACGGACAAGAAUGGCCAGCUGGAGCAUUAGAUGAAGCAAUGAUGCAAGCAUUAGAACAUGAUCGUAUCGAUUUUGUUAAAUUAUUAUUAGAGAAUGGUGUUAGUAUGAAAAAAUUUUUAACAAUACCUCGAUUAGAAGAGCUUUACAAUACAAAACAGGGACCUAGCAAUACAUUAGGAUAUAUACUUAGAGAUGUUCGACCCCAUAUACCAAGAGGAUACAUGUAUACGUUACAUGAUAUUGGAUUGGUUAUUAAUAAAUUAAUGGGUGGUGCAUAUAGAGCUUAUUAUACUAGACGAAAAUUUCGACCAAUUUACGCAAAAGUAAUGAAUAAAUCGCCUCAUGUUCAUCGGAAUUCAGCAUCUUUUAUACGUUAUUAUUACGGUAACACCUUAAGUGUAUUAGCCGAAGCACUGCCGGCAACAAAAAACAUGGCACUUUUUGAUUACCCAUUUAAUGAACUAUUAAUUUGGGCUGUACUUACAAAACGUCAACAAAUGGCAUUGUUAAUGUGGCAACAUGGAGAAGAAGCCUUAGCGAAAUCUUUAGUGGCAUGUAAAUUAUACAAAGCAAUGGCACAUGAAGCUGCUGAAGAUGAUUUAGAAACUGAAAUUUAUGAAGAAUUACGAAAUUAUGGAAAAGAAUUUGAUUCAAUUGCUUUAGAAUUAUUAGAUUUUUGUUAUCGACAAGAUGAUGACCAAACCCAACAACUAUUAACAUGUGAAUUACAAAAUUGGUCAGGACAAACAUGCUUAAGUUUAGCCGUAGCAGCAAAUCAUCGUGCAUUAUUAGCACACCCAUGUUCACAAAUAAUUUUGGCUGAUUUAUGGAUGGGUGGUUUACGUACACGAAAAAAUACAAAUAUUAAAGUAAUUCUUGGUUUAUUUUUUCCAAUAUAUAUUUACAAACUUGAGUUUAAAUCAAAAGAAGAAUUACAAUUGAUGCCACAAACGGAAGAGGAACAUUUAGAAAAUGAGAGUUUAGAUGAUGAUGCGAAACAAGAUGACAAGCCAUUGGAUGGAGAGACUACAAAACGUACACGGAGCAUGAGUAUUCGAAGUAAAUCCUCAAGUCAACAAGGUUUCAAGGCAUUAAUUGGUGAUAAUUUUUCAACACGAGAGACUGUAGUCCACGAGAAUGGUAAAGUGAUGCCUGAUUGUGACGAAUAUAAAGAAUAUUUACACAUUCCAUUAGAUUAUUAUGAAAUUAAACAAAAUAGACCAUUACGACUAAAGAAAAAAUUAUAUGAAUUUUAUACGGCACCAAUUACUAAAUUUUGGGCAAAUGCAAUUGCGUAUGUGUUUUUCUUAAUGAUAUUCAGUUAUACCGUACUAGUGAAAAUGGAACCAGAACCGUCAUGGCAAGAAUUAUUUUCAAUUGCUUACAUCAGUACUUUAGGUUGUGAAAAAAUUCGUGAAAUUGUAUCAUCCGAACCAGUUGCAGUUAGUCAUAAAUUUGCUGUUUGGGCAUGGAAUAUGUGGAAUCCUUGUGACGCAGCAGCGAUUAUAUUUUUUCUUAUCGGUUUAUCGUUACGUUUAAAACCAUCUACAAUGGAUGUCGGUCGUGUUAUAUAUUGUGUUGAUAGUAUUUAUUGGUAUUUGCGAAUAUUGAAUAUUUUAGGCGUAAAUAAAUAUUUAGGUCCUUUGGUAACAAUGAUGGGAAAAAUGGUUAAAAACAUGAUUUAUUUUGUGGUACUUUUGGCGGUAGUUUUAAUGAGCUUUGGAGUAUCUAGACAAGCAAUAUUAUUUCCAAACAGUGAACCUGGAUGGUAUUUAGCGAAAGAGAUUUUCUAUCAACCAUACUUCAUGUUGUACGGAGAAGUGUUCGCCGAUAGUAUUGAUCCUCCAUGCGGCGAACAAGCAGGAAUGGAGCCAUGUCAAACUGGACGUUGGAUAACACCAACCGUAAUGUCUACAUAUUUAUUGGUUGCUAAUAUACUUCUAAUCAAUUUGCUGAUAGCUGUGUUUAACAAUAUUUUCAAUGAAGUCAAUGCAGUUUCACAUCAGGUAUGGAUGUUCCAAAGAUUCACUGUGGUUAUGGAAUAUGAACAAAAACCAGUAUUACCCCCACCAUUAAUAAUUCUCUGUCACAUAUUUUUAAUAUUAAAAUAUUUAAAACGGAAAAUAAAAGGUGUGCGCGAAACAUAUGACAAUGGUUUAAAAUUAUUUUUGGAAAAAGAUGAUUUAGAACGUUUAUACGAUUUUGAAGAGGAAUGUGUUGAAGGAUAUUUUCGAGAAAAAGAAUUAAAAUUACAACAAUCAACAGAUGAACGGAUCAAAUGUACAAAUGAACGAGUUGAAAAUUUAUAUCAAAAAAUUGAGGACAUCUAUCAAAAAGAAAAUACUCAACAGAAUGCUAUACAGAGUAUAGAAUUUCGUUUGCGAAAAAUUGACGAAGUUGCCGAACAAACUGUAGCUCAUUUAGCCGUUAUACAUCGAUUUAUGGCCACACAUAUUCAAGAUCAAGAACUACCUGAAAUUAAAGUCGUGACAGAACGGUUUCGAAAAGCUAGUGAAAGAUCUGAUGGUAUUCCGGAAGGCGAUUCGCAUUUAUCCUUACACCCACCACGUAGGCGUGUAGGGCGAUCAUUAACAGAGGUUCGGCCGGAUGCGUACAUAUUCGAUGAUGGCUUACAUUUUGAAGUUCGACCCCUAGAAGAGGAAGAUGAAGGAAGUGAUACAUUAGAUAAUUCUCGACCAAAAUUAAAUUUAGAAGAUAAACAAAGGAGUAGUGAAUCAAAAGCGUCCAUUAUCGAAGAAGAGGACGAAUUUAAUGACGUCAAAGAUGAUGUUUUAGUUGAAAUUAACGAAAAUGUAGGUAGUAUUGAAUCAUUUCGAGUACCACAUUCAUUAUAUAAACGUCGUGAUUCCGAUGGAACUGGUCGAAGAAGUUCAGAAGGAGGGGGUGGUGAAGUUACCGUCAGAGGUCACUUAGCUAGCUUUAGUCGACGGCAACUUUCUCAAACACAUUCCGAACCAGAUAAUACUGAUAAUUCAAUUCAUAUAGUAUUCCCACAACGUGCGGGCACUGUUGAACGUGGAGUACCAUGGGUUGAACCAAAAAUUAAGGUUAUUCCACCAGGUACAAGUGGCGGGGGUGGAACUUCUAAUAGAUCAAUGCUCCUUGCAAUGCACACCGAAUAUACCAGCAUCACUGAUGAAUUAGAGACAGUUUGUGGUUUAUUAAGUCCACCCAAAACACCAAGAUUAUUAUCACCUCCACGUCCAGGACAAGCAGCUCCACAAACUCCCCCACGACGUAAGAGACAUGCAUCAGAAAUGUCUAACCCUGAAAUGGCAUUAUAUUUAGAGAAGGAACACUUGCGUGAUGCUGAGGAAUCUGAUUAUCUGUUAAUGGAGAAUUUAAUUCAACGACGUUACGAUGAUCCUGAAUUCACUGAAAAUGAUGAAUCGUCGAAUGCAUGCUAUUUAAGUGUUGUACAUGAGCAUAGAGAAUUUCGCCAUCCUAAAGGGUUACGACGAUCAAGUGCAGUAGAAGUUGGUGAUUUUCCUACACCGGUUCAUGAAAUAUUUCCAUCCUGUAACGAGGCAGAUGAAACUGCUGAAGAAUUUAUCGAAAAUUUAUUAAGACCAUCAACAUCUGGCGAACAUAACACGACUGAAACUGCAGAAAGGCAGAAUUCUUGUGAAACAAAUCAAACAAGUAGCAGUGGUUUAACAUCAAAUGUACUUGCGCCAUGCGAUACGAUAACACCACGACGUCCAACAAUUGUCAUUGAUUCAUCACAAUUACCAAUACAGAAACCAAUAACUAAAUCAGACAGUAACACUAGUUUACAUAUGCAAUCAGAAACUAUGUGUUGAAAAUUUGAAAUUCAACCUAAAGAAGAGAUUUUAAUUUGUUAGUCAGAUCAAAUGAAUCAUUGAUUUGAUAUUGGAUGUGUUUGAAAUACCAGAUCUUUUACGCCCUACCUCCUAGUUAUGUUGGCUCAGUCGAUGGUAUGUGAAACCACGGAUCAGUUAGGUAUCUUAAAGAAAAAAGUUUAAAAAUGAAACUAUAACGUAAUCAUUUCUUUUUAAGACUACAGAACUUUCACAAAAUCCGUUUUUAAAUAUCUCUAUGCAAAAAUUUUACUGUUUUUACUUCUAGUUUCAUAGGUCAGGCAGUAUUCUUAGGCUAUUGAUUAGGUAACGAAAACCACUGAUCGUUUUAGCUUGGACGUUAAAAAUAAAAAAACUGCGUAAUAAAACAAUGAAAACUUCAAUCACAUACCUAAGGUAUCAUAAAAAUCAAUGGUAAACCAUAAAACAAACAAAAAAUUGUUUUAAACAUUUCAUUAAUAUAGUGAAACCUGGUUAAGUGAGACAUUAAGGGACCUCCAAAUUUAUCUCACUUAUAGAAUUAUUUAUUCACUUACCCAAUGUCUUAGAUAUCCAGGUAUAAAUAAAAUAUCUCAUUUACAGAGGGUUCCAUUAACGGAGGUCAGAAUAUAGAUUAUUUCGAUUAUAGAAGUCCGAUUAUUAAAUAAAAUAACGUAUUAUUUAAACACUAUACGUGAAUUUUGAUCUUUAUUGGGAAUCAAAAAAAGAUAAUAA